AUGGCCAGCCAUAUUAUCGGCAACCGCAACAGCACCCCCGAGGCCCCUCAGAAUUCGACCCUGCGUCCUCCGUCUUCUGCUCGAAACCUCGGUUCUCAUCAGCUACGGGCAUCGGCCGACAUGUCCGGCUUCCCUUCGCCGCUCUCCUCGCGUAUGCGGCCCUCCUCCGAGGUCUUCUUCAACCAGCAAUCCCAGGGGCAGAAUGCAUCGGAGGAUGCCAUGGAUCGGGCCGCUCAACAGUGGCUUGCGGAUAUCGACCAAAAUGAGACCACCCUCGAGGAAAUGGCUGCAGCCACCCUUGACCAGGAUUUCAAGGAUGAGCUCAGUGCCAUCGAGCAAUGGUUCCGGGUCCUGAGUGAAGCCGAACGUACGGCUGCUCUGUACGCCCUGCUGCAGCAGACUACCCAGGUGCAGAUUCGGUUUUUCAUCCAGGUGCUGCAGCAGAUGGCACAGAGCCAUCCCAUCACCGGACUUCUGUCACCGGCCAACUUUGGCGAAAAAGAUGCUAUGUCGAGUCGUUUGAGCGAUGCUAUGUCUAAAAUCAAUAUGGACACCUCUCGAAACUCCUUGGGCCGGCCCCCACCAUCCCCGGGUGCAAAGCGCAACUCGGGCCUCGAUUCCUCUACUAUUAAUGCCAUGUUCCCGGAUGCUGCAGCUGCCAUCGCUAAGAAAAAGGCAGAGUUCACGCAGCAGACCGGCAACGCCCCGCCUUCCAAUCGCAACAGCGUUGUCUUUGGAGAUCGAAACUCGUUUGUUGCCCCCACCAUCUCGGCACCAGACAACAGCAAUGACCCGCCAUCAUCGCCAUGGGCCCAACGCGGUGGUCUUUCUGACACCCAACCUCCCAUUGCCCGCCCGAAAUCAUCCUCUGGGCAUCAGCCCAUGGGGCAGUUCAGUCAGCCCUCUGGCUCGUCAGGUCUCCGGUCCCCUCUCCCCCAGACUGCCACCAUCCCAGCCCCGGACAUCGAGCCCCCGCUUCUUUCGCCCUACAACGUUGGUAACCACAGCUGGGCGUCAAUGACAAACACUCCGAUGACGGCGACUUUCGGACAGCAGCAGAAUCAAGGCAAUUCCCAGGCGGACAUGGUGGCGAAUGCUACUGCCAUGAAACUUGCAGCUCUGUCAACGGUGAACAACCGUAUUGCAUUGGAUGAUGCUCGGAAGUAUCGCCGAUCGCGCUCCAAUGACGGUCAAAACCGGAACGCAAACUCCAACCAUGCGGUUCCUCAGGGUCUGUCUAGUCCAGGUCUGCCGGGAAACAACCUCGUGGCUGGUCAGCUUUUGAACGCUCAGCAGCUGGCUGCUCUGCAGGCCCAGCAGCAAGCCGCCUUGGCAGGAGGUCGUUCCCGUCCAAACUCUCCUGGUAUUGCCCUGCAGGGUGCUGGUGGUGGCCUGGGUCAUAUGAACUUCACAUCCCCACAAAACAAUGGGUUCCUAGCCGCUUACGACCCAAACAACCCGCUCAUGGGCAAUGGGCUUAACUCCCUUGGCAUCGGACAAUUCGGCCUGGGUGGUGAGGGCUAUCUGUCCGACCACUCUGAAGUCACUCGUGGACGUUCGCCUCGUGGCCGACGUGGCAGCUCCAAGCCACCAGAAGAUCCUACCGACCCCUCUCUCCUGAAGGAUAUCCCCAGCUGGCUGCGAUCCCUUCGUCUGCACAAAUAUACCGACCAACUGAAGGAUCUCAAAUGGACCGAGCUCGUUGAACUUGAUGACAAGGCUUUGGAAGAACGAGGCGUUAAUGCACUGGGUGCCCGUAACAAGAUGCUGAAGGUCUUCGAGCAGGUUCGUGAAGCCCGCGCGGAGGGCAAAUUCGAUGCCCUCUCGUAA